AUGAACUUCGCGCCCUAUCAAGACGAAUCCCCCGAGAUCGAGCGGGCACUGUCCCCUCCACACCCAGAUACCCGCAUCAAGUCUCCGAACCUCCGGUCGCCCAGAGCCUCUGCCGACCUUCCGUCUCCAAGCCACUUCGGAGGCGGACAUGGCAACACUGGCUUUGGACGAGAUGUUGAGGGGGGCCAUGUGAGCCUAGGGGCAUUUGAAACAAGCCUUCCAAUCCGCAUGGAUAUUGAAGCUGCGCUGGCGUAUUUGCUUCUGCCUCCGGCUGGAGGUGUGUUCUUGUUGUUGGCCGAGCACAAGAGCGAUUACGUGCGGUUUCAUGCCUGGCAAUCUAGCAUGCUUUUUGCCGUCCUCUUCAUAAUCCAUCUCCUAUUUUCCUGGUCCUCGUUUCUGUCGUGGACUUUGUUUAUUAUCGACCUCGCCUUGAUGGGCUUUCUCAGCAUGCGAGCCUACCGUGACGUGGACACUUUGGACCACUUCGAAGUCCCUUAUUUUGGUCGCCUGGCCAAUUCCUUUGUCGAUGAUGAAUGA